AUUGAUGGGGCCUUGUCACAGUGGCCUCUUUGCCGCAAUGGGUGCAUCUACUCCCUCGAGCGCGCUUGAUCUUGACCCGGUGGUGCGUGUUCGCCCGCUUGGUGAUGCCGGUCCGGUCGAGACGGCUUCCUACCGCUUUGCUUUGGCGGAGGUGCAGCUUUGGCGUCGACAUCUCGAAGAGGAAGGAUACGUCGUCCUGGCCGGGGCCUUGACUUUGGAGGAGGUGCAGCGUGGAAAGGACUUGUUGUGGAGCGAUCUGGAGUCUGUCCACCACAUCUCUCGUGACCAUCCAGAGACCUGGAACAAGUGGAGACUUUCCAUCACAGGCCUGGACACCAGUGUGGUGCAGGAUGCUGGUGCCUGGUUUGUGCGAAGCUGCCCAGGAGUGAAGAAGGCCUUUGAGGAGUUCUGGGGAAGCUCCGAUUUGAUCGUUUCGAUGGAUGCUCAGAUCUUCUGGCGGCCUUGGUGGAUCAGAAGUGCUUGGAAGCCUCAGACAGAGCCCCUCCACCUGGACCAAAAUCCUUUCCACAAGCCCAACUUGGAGACCAUUCAGGGCAUGGUCCCUUUGUUACCCGUGACGAAGACGACUGGAGGCCUUCAAGUGGUUCCGCGGACACACACGGCCAGCGCCAAAGAUGCGCUGAAAGAAGAGCGACCGCACCUGGCAUAUCGGGGCGACUGGUGUCCUUUGAUGACCGCACACCAGGACUCCAUACUGCUUUUGGCUUCUCCGGGUGAUCUCCUCCUCUGGGACUCUCGCACCAUACACGGUGGCCUCGUGGGCUCCGGACGGGCCGUGGCGGCUUCUGCCGCCUGCCCGGCGGCGGCGGCGGAGGCGGAGGCGGAGUUGGCGCGGAUGGCAGUGACCGUGGCCAUGGUGCCCCGCAGCAGGGCCAGCGAAGAGGUCUUGCGGAAACGACGCUGGGACGGGCAACGUUUCCGCUGGGAAGGAGGAUAUGCUUUGGGAGGAAGGCUGAGUUGAUUGAAUUGGAUGCUGCUUAGAGCGGAGUGUCAUGUUCGGUCCAAUGGGUUUGUGUAGAAUCUAACAAACCAAGUUGGAUCGAACAAAGUUAAUUGACAACGUCCAUAUGAUGAUGCGCCAGGUGGAGUGGACAGUGAAGUGAGGACUGGGUCCGGUGGCUUGGUGUCGUUCUCCCCUGGCAUUUCAUUCUAAUAUGGUUGUGUUUUGAAGGAGACCUUCAACCAGUAGUUUGUUUGAUCUCUUGUUCCUCCUUGGAGGUCGUUGCCUUGAGUCAGUCUCCCCACACACCCAUCUGAAUCCACGUCAGGUCUUGAAGGCUUUCAAAAAGGCCUGUGCUUCAACCAUUCGCCUCACGAAGCGGGCACCUCCACGGGAACCCUCAGCUCCAGCCAUGCGAAGCGCCAUGACUUCGAGCAGCUCACCCCGGAGCAGCGGGCCCUGCUGUGACGCGAGGCACUGUGCAGCGAGUGCAGCUAGGCAGAGCUCAGUUCCAGCCAAAGUCGCUGGAACAUGGGUAGAACUCCUAGUUACCAUUUAUGUUCCCAAAACCCUGCUGACUCUAGCAUGAAGGCAACCUGCCCAAGAAAAAACUGGCACUGCCGCCCAACCGAUUGUGGCUGGAGAUGCUGGGUGCUGGCAUUCUAAACUGGUUUUAGGGGUUGAGAUGCAUGAAGCCUCCAAACCUCAGGUAACUUUGAAGCACAUCACCC